GUCUUUGUCACAUACGAAGAAGGAACGGAAGAAGGAAGCUUAGAGGAACAGCGGAGAGAAAGAGAAUAUGGAGGAGAAGCGGGAGAAGGCCGGGCUGCAACAAGGGAUCACAGUAGAAGAGGAGGAAGGGAAGGACGUGGUGCUUCCGGGAUUCCGGUUUCAUCCCACCGAUGAAGAGCUCGUCGGCUUUUACCUGCGGAGGAAAGUUGCGAAGAAGGCCUUCAGCAUAGACAUCAUCAAAGAGAUCGAUAUCUACAAGCAUGAUCCUUGGGAUCUUCCAAAAGUCAUGAGCUCUGCCGGAGAGAAGGAAUGGUACUUCUUUUGCCUGAGAGGUAGGAAGUACAGGAACAGCAUCAGGCCGAACAGGGUCACCGGAUCCGGAUUCUGGAAGGCCACCGGCAUCGACAGGUCCAUAUGCUCCGCCGGUCGCUGCAUCGGCCUCAAGAAGUCCCUCGUUUACUACACAGGCAGCGCCGGGAAAGGCACCAAGACGGACUGGAUGAUGCACGAGUUCCGCCUUCCUUGCACCAACACCGACAACACUUGCCCUACCAUGCAAGAAGCUGAGAUUUGGACGAUAUGCCGAAUCUUUCAGCGGAGUAUUGCCGCCCCCAAGAGAAGCUGGAGGGAUUCGAUCAGCAAGAAAAAAUCUGAUGACGGGAACGACGAGUUCAGGUUCGAUGCCUCCUCGGACUGCCAAACGCAUGAAAGCCAGCGGAACUCGGUGGCGCAGGCUCCCAUGGCGGCGUUGCACUCCGACGUGGGACCGACUCCCUACGCGAAUGACUUCUUCCCGGAUGGCAACUGGGACGAGCUUGGAAGGAUGGUGGAGUUCAUGACAGUUCAAAAUGUGUUCUCUUACUGUAAAUAACAACAUGGAAUGCUGACAAGAAGAAGUAGAUGCAACUUCAACAUGAUACGAGGCAUCUUAUACAUGCAGGAGGAGGUCGAGUAGCUGCUGGUUUUUGGCCUGAGGAAAUCUUCCUUGUUUGAUGCCAAGAACAAGAAAUGGCUUCUUGGCAUGACUUGUACCUGAAGCAACAAGAACAAGUUUGACGUGGUUUCGUUGACUGACUUGUAGAAAAACUGAAGAGAGAGAUCUUCUCGAAGCCUAUAAUUUCAUGAAACUUGUAGAUAUCUAUUUGCUUGUCCCGAUCGAGGCUUCCAUAAUGUGGCUUAUAAUAAUGUAUAUGUUGCUUUCGCUAUCAUAGACUUAAAAGCAUAA